AUGGAGGCGGUGACAUCUAGCAGACCUUACCACAUAGUAAUAUUCGGCGCUUCAGGCUUUACAGGGAAAUUUGUAGUUGAAGAAUUGGCCCGCUUCGCCGCCGACAGUGUCAGAGACAGUCGUCCAAAAUGGGCCGUGGCCGGGAGAAACGGACAACGCCUGAAGGGGGUGUUAAAGCAGGCUGCCGAGAGGCUGGCCAUGCCUGAGUUGAACACAGACAUUGACAUCAUUGAAGCAGAUGUGUCUAAUAAAGAAUCUCUGGCCAUCAUGUGCCAGAAGGCUCUGGUUAUUCUCAACUGUGUGGGUCCAUACAGGUUUUAUGGCGAACCGGUGGUAGCCGCAUGCGUGGAGAACGGAGCUCACUACAUUGACAUCUGUGGUGAGCCUCAGUUUCUGGAACGCAUGCAGUUCGAGUACCACACGAAGGCUUUGGACAGAGGAGUGUACGUAAUAGGCAGCUGUGGCUUCGACUCUAUACCGGCAGACCUGGGAAUUCUCUAUACUCAGAGCCACUUUAAAGGGACGCUGACGGCAGUGGAGAGCUUCCUGACAAUAAGCAGUGGGCCUGAGGGCUCGUGUGGUCAUGAUGCCACAUGGCAGUCAGCUGUGCACGGCUUUGCAGACAGUAGCGCCCUUCGCCAGCUGAGGAAGAAGUUUGGCCAUAAGCCACUACCUAUUGUGGGAACCAAAGUCCGCCCGAGAGGGUGUGUGUUUUUUAGCAGAGAGAUUGUGCAGUACGCCAUCCCUUUUAUGGGUUCGGACCCUUCAGUAGUCAAGAGAACACAGCGUUUCCUUUACCAGGAAGAAAGCCGAUCACCAAUCCAGUAUUGCGCUUACGUCGGAGUAGGUGGUCUCUGCUCAGUUGCCAAGCUCUUUGUUGGAGGAGUUUUCUUCUGGAUCCUGGUCAAAUUUAGGCUCGGCAGGAAACUCCUCACCACGUUUCCUAGGUUUUUUUCCUUUGGCUUCUUCAGUCAGGCUGGUCCUACAAUUAAACAGAUUGAAGACACCUGCUUCAACAUGACCUUUUUUGGAGAGGGAUACUCAGAUGGUGCGGACCCCUCGCAGGGACCACCCAAUGCCAAGAUCUGCACUGAAGUCAUGGGAGGAGAGCCUGGUUAUGUGGCCACCGUGAUUGCUAUGGUGCAGGCCGCAGUAACAGUGCUGAAAGAAAGACACUCCCUUCCCAGGAGGGGAGGUGUAUACACACCAGGAAGUGCCUUCUACAAAACCAAUCUCAUCGACCGCCUUCAUAACCAUGGCUUCAAGUUCUCUGUGAAAAGCUAUGAAGAACCUGCUAAAUCAUAG